CGCGCAGUCGCGCUAAGUACGACCUGCUACACAUUGUUUAUUUUAUGGUCACAUACUUACAAUCUUAUACGGUUUACAAAACAAUAAACAUUGGUAGUAAUCGGUGAUGUCCUGAUGUGUGAAAAGGAGUCGAUUUGUUAAAAUCAAAUAAAUUAAAAACUGAGUGAAUAAUAAUCAUGGCUACGCAAAGCGAGGACGAGAAGAAAAAUAAAGUUUGCCAAAACUACAUGAAAGACGAAAAUUUCAACGACUCAUCUUUUAAUAAAUGUGGUGAAAUUUUAGAAAAGUGUAACUUAAGUGAUUCAUCUAGCGAUUAUUUAUCAACAUUGGAGGAAAACAAUGAAGGAAAUGUGUUAAACAUCAAGAGCGAAAAUGUUUGUUUUACCAACAAAAUGAUAGCUACCAAUAACCAACUGCAGCAAGACUUUUUGACUAUAGACAACAUUCUAAGCAAAGGACCAAACCAGUAUAACAAUAUUCAAAUCUACAAAUCGCAAAAUGUCCACAUCGGUGACGUUACUCACAUAAAUGGACCUGUUUACAUAAAUCACCUAACGCCAACAAUAAAUCAAAAUAUUGUAAUAAACACCAACACUAACAACGACGAAGAUUAUCCCAUUGUGGCACGUCGAACCUGGCUGGCGCAGCCCCCUUUGGAUCCCGACGAUGUCAAAUUCUUCAAAAAACCGCCGAAGUUUGUGAUAAUUUGCCAUUCGGCAAGCGAAGAAGCCUACACACAAACGGAUAACAACCUCCUUGUCCGUCUAAUUCAACAAUUUCACGUCGAAAGCCGCAAAUGGAACGACAUUUCGUACAAUUUUCUUGUUGGAGCCGAAGGAAGCGUUUAUGAGGGACGCGGCUGGAAAACCGUCGGUGCUCACACGCAAGGGUACAACUCUGUGUCCAUCGGCAUUUGCUUCAUUGGCUGUUAUAUCCAAAACCUGCCACCGUCUGUAGCGUUGCGUAAGGCCAAGGAGUUGAUUCGGUAUGGAGUCAAGAUUGGGGCCAUUUCGGAAGAUUACACCCUUUUGGGACACUGCCAGUGCAGAAGUACCGAAAGCCCCGGCCGUCGCUUGUUUGAAGAAAUCAAGAGUUGGGAACGGUGGGACGGCAAGAUAAGUUUGGAAAACCCAUCUCCGUUGAUUGAGUGAUGUAAAGAAAUUUUUAUUAAACUGUGUCCACAAUUUACAAAAUAUUUUUUUUCUACAAUCGCUAUACAAAAUAAAUAUUUGCGCUUCGAGUUAGCAACGCAAAGUUGACGUUUUUUCAAAAUUGUCACUUUGUCGCUUUAAAGCAACAAAAUGUGAAAAAACGCUCGCUCUAUCAUUUUUUAUUGAAAUCAAAUGUCCAGAGAUUGAUGUAACUAGCUGUGGUAACUGUAGUAACAACGAAAAAUAAACAGUUUCUGAUUUUAAUAAAUUA